AUGAGACGUUUCAUCUUUGCCUACUCAGUCAUCUUGAUGCUCUCCCUCGAGUCAAAAAUGUUGUCGCUCCAAGACGUGUACGUGGACGUACGAAAUGUACGUGAAAGUCAAGCGAGGAUCGUCGGCGGUCGAGAGGUUACUUGCGAAGAGUUUCCUUACCAGAUCAAUUUUAUAGUGAACAACUCCUACUUCUGCGGUGGAUUCAUCAUCAGCGAACGUUACGUACUCACAGCGGCCCACUGCGCUCAGAACGUUGACCCGUCCACUGUUGUCUUGAGAUCGGGGAGUACAUUUCGAAGAAACGGUACCAUUGUUCCGAUUGAAGAAGUGACACCGUAUCCAGAGUACAACGACCCCCCGUUCGACAAGGACAUAGCGAUCAUCAAGACCGCCCAGCCUAUUGAGUUCAAUUCCUGCGCUCAACCGAUCCCAUUACCGCCCAAGGGGGAGUCACCAAAACCGGGAACGGAGAUGACUGUUAGUGGUUGGGGACGCACAAGGCAAGGAGCUUCAACGUUACCUGAUAAACUUAUGGCUGUCAACCUAACUAUUGUGGACCACAGGCUUUGCGAGAUCGCCUAUCCAACGACAAUUACGAAUAAUAUGCUGUGUGCUGGAAACUUCUUUCUGGGAGGAAAAAGCGCUUGUCAGGGUGACUCUGGUGGAGUUGGAGUGAUCGAUGGUGUCGCCAGAGGGAUCGUGUCCUUUGGCCGUAUCUGCGGACAGCCGUUCGCUCCUAGCGUAUUCACCGACAUGUCCUCCCCCCUGAUGAGAGACUACAUCACUAAUAUGACAGGAUUG